AUGCCGAGCGUGCACUCCCCCCAGAGUCGAGCCAUCCAGACUCUCAAGACGAAGAUCAGUACCGGGCGGACGCUCGCCAAGCCUGGCUGCGUGGGCCGCGAGCUCACCGAACAGGAGGUGCAAGCGUGCCGGGAGAAGCUGGCCGGUCUGGAGGCCCAGCGCGAGCGCGGCAUCAAGGAGCGGAAGGUGACCAGGGAGACCCUCCACAACACGUGGGACCUCAAGGAGGGCCAGGCCGAGCUGAAGCAGGGCCAGGGCGAGAUCAUGGCAGCCGUGGACCGCAUCGAGCAGAAGCUGGACCGGAAGCAGGGGGCCGAGGGCAGCAGCCAGUACCACAGGGAGAUGGCCAAGGAGGCCGCCAAGCGCGAGCGCGAGGAUGCUAAGGACCGCCUGCUCCUCCGCGCCGGCCUGCAGAAGGUUGAAGGCGACUCCUUCGUGGACGGCGUCCUGGUGAAGGCGGGCGUGCCGCUGGAGCGCUUCGAGGCUGUGGACCUCGGCGCGAAGAUUGAGUUUUGCGGCAUCGCCUGCCGCGUGGCCAUGGUGGAAGGCGAGCACGCAACGCUGCAGCUCGCCAAGCCCGUGAAUCGCCUGCAGCUUUCCGAUUCCAGGGAGAUGCUCAAUCGCCAAGGGCUCCUGAAGAUCACGGCCUACAUGCCGAGGGGCGAGCGAUACUUUGAGUCGGUCGUUUUCAACCCCAAAUCGCCAGGGCUCUUCUUCGACAAGCCCGUGAACGGGAAGCCGCGCUUGCACUCCCUCCCCGAGUCCGCCAUCGUUCGCCUCGUGAUCUCUGCCGACAGGCUGCUGGAGCAUCUUCCGGGCCCAGUCGGCUCGCACCUUGUGGUCCUCCGCAUGGCUAUGAAUGCCACCCAGACGGUUGGUGCCGUGGUCUCCAGGGCGCGCGAGAGGGCCGACGCACCAAGGCUGGAGCACGCUUCGCUCCACUCCACGCCCAGCGUAGCCCUGGCGCACACAGCCACCCUGGGCUCAGUGCUGCCAGCUGGUGUGCAAACUCUCCUGCUGCGUGAGGGCACCGGCGGGGCACCUGCUUCUGGCAAUGGCAGUGAGAGAAGGGCGCUGCCCAGCGUCUUCUCGCCGGACCAGUUGGUGGUGUUACUGCUGUGGCAUCCGUGUCGCAGA